AGUAUAAUUCAGACAAGAGACUCAAUUAAGCUCUAGUAUCCCUUGUCCAAACCUCUUUUAACACUUUUCUCUAUUGGAUCUAUCUCUUCUUGAUACAGCAGUUCGUUAAUUUCCUGUCAAAACUCUUUCUAAGAAUGGCAGGCAAACGGUUUUUUGAUGAAUCCGGUUUCGACCCAGAUCAGCCAAACGACCAACGGAAGAAGACUAAGCCUUCUUUGGCUUCUGUGAUAGAAGAAGUGGUUAUGGUGAAUUACUUACAGAACUUCUGUUCAGCCUUGGAACCUAUGCUUAGAAGAGUGGUGAGUGAAGAAGUAGAAGAUAGAUUAAGAAGACAUGGUGCAGCACGAUCUUUAACUCGGUCUCCAUCACUGCGAUUAAUCCAUGAACUUGAACCUCCAUCAAGCUUGCAACUGAGCUUCGGAGAGAGGCUUGGGCUCCCAAUAUUCACCGGAAGCAAGAUAGUGGACAUCCAAAACAACCCGUUACAAAUCCGUCUGGUGGACACAACAAGUUCAACAGGAGGAGGAGGUAAUGAUGGAGGUAAUUAUCCGAUCAAAGUGGAAAUCGUGGUGCUCGAUGGUGACUUCCCUGCCGGAGGAGAUGGAGAUACAUCAUGGAGUAGUGAGGAAUUCAAUAAGCAUGUUUUGAGGGAGAGAAUGGGUAAGAGGCCCUUGCUCACCGGAGAGCUGCACACCACCAUGAGGAAUAAUGAUAGGGUUGCAGUCAUCGGAGACAUUGAAUUCACUGAUAAUUCAAGCUGGAUUCGUAGCCGGAAGUUCAGGAUUGGUGCUAGGGUGGUUCAAGGAUGCAGCAGAGGUGUUAGGAUUCGGGAAGCCAUCACCGAGUCUUUCGUGGUUAAAGACCACCGUGGAGAAUUGUACAAGAAAAACCACCCACCCAAGCUUGAAGAUGAGGUGUGGCGACUUGAGAAGAUUGCAAGAGAUGGAGCUUUCCAUAAGAAGCUAGCCUCUAAUAGCAUUCAUACAGUACAAGACUUCUUGAAGCUGUUUACGGUCGAUUCGCACAAGCUUAGAAAUAUAGUGGGUGUUGGAAUGUCGGAGAAAAUGUGGGAGGUAACGGUAAAACAUGCCAGGACAUGCAUUCUGGGCAACAAAAUGUACAUAUACAGUGGUGCCAAUCACACCAUCAUCUUGAACCCUAUAUGUCAAGUUGUCAGGGCCGUGAUUAAUGGGCAAACGUACCACAGUGGCGACCUAACAAGCAUGAAUAGGGCCUAUAUUGAGAGUUUGUUGAAGGAUGCAUAUAUAAAGUGGAAUUCCUUACAAGAAAUCGAUGGAAUUCUGAACGAGACACCACUACUGACCCAGGGUGGUUUUGUGGAGCAACAUCCGAUUAAUCAAGAGACAGUGGCAAGAUCGUACCAGCAACACGUGCUUUUAACCAAUGGAACCAGUGAAAUGGCUUCUACAUCAAGCAAAAUACGUACGGAUCAAUGCAAUGAGUGGAUGAUAAAUUCGACGUACCUCUGCUCACCGGUUGACAGUGGUCUCCGUUAUAACAUCUCUGAGUCUUCAUCGGAGGAUGAGCAGCUACUUACAAGGCCUUUCAUGCAUCCAUGAGAGUUGAGAUUGAAAUGGAUUAUUAUUCCGUCUAUUUCCUCCAUGAUCAGAUAUAUAUGUUAAUAGUAUGUAUAUUAUACAUCAAAGAUGUUUGAUGUAUAUAUAAGCAAAGAUCCUCCAAGUUUUUUUUGCCGCCCUUUGACAUUUUUUUUUUUCUUCUGGUUUUGACACUAAAAUGAUGAAUACCAUUGUUGGGAAAUGACCCCUUUUUUUAUUUUAUAUAUAUAUAUAUAUAUAUAUAUAUAUAUAUA